UAAGGCAACUAGCAUCGCCGUCUCCGGCGAUUCUGUGCCGGAGGUGAAUCUAACCGCCGGGAACGGUCCGCCAGAGAUGGCCGGCGGCAAUCAGGAAGCGGCCGCUAUGUCGAUGGGCGAAGCAGUUAUAUGUGGCCAGAAGAGUUCGGGCGGGUUAGAUGCCUUGGAGUUUGAGAACAACGCACCUGAAGCUCUUUCCAUAAAAAUGGGAGACGGCAACUGCGACACAUCUGAACACAAAGGUUAUCCCCAACAAUUCCCAUCUCCGCCGCGCAACCACCGCAAGAUCUCUUUAAUCCCCCUCAUCUUCCUCAUUUUCUACGAAGUCUCCGGCGGUCCUUUCGGCAUCGAGGACACGGUCGGUGCCGCCGGUCCACUCCUCGCCAUCAUCGGAUUCCUCAUCUUCCCCUUAAUCUGGAGCGUUCCCGAGGCCCUCAUCACCGCCGAACUGAGCACCAUGUUCCCCGAAAGUGGCGGCUAUGUGAUGUGGAUAUCAACAGCUUUUACUCCUUUCUGGGGAUUUCAACAAGGCUGCAUGAAAUGGUUCAGUGGUGUCAUAGACAAUGCACUGUAUCCAGUACUCUUCUUAGACUAUCUCAAAUCAAGCAUUCCUAGUCCGGCGGCCGUAUCGGAUUCCGAUGGGGACAUUGGGAUGCCUUGUGAUGCUGAUUCCGCCGUCGGCGGUCGUGUUUGUUGUCUUGGCUUUCUCUACUCUGAAGAUUGUGUUCAUCAGUUUGGGCGCUCUGGCGGUUGGUUUGGUUUUGCAUCCUUGUUUGAAGUUUGUGGAGAAGAAGAGGUGGUUGAGGUUCUCGGUGAUGCCUGGAUUGCCGGACUUCGAAGGAAUUAA